CAACACAACACAAUACGGCGUCGUUUCAACCUUCAAUGGCAAUGGCAAUGGCAAUGGCGGCUUCCUCUCUAACAAUGGCGGCUCUCGUCGUCGUCCUCCUCCUCCCGCCGUCGGCAGCGCAGCUAUCCGCCACCUUUUACGACAGCUCCUGCCCUAAUGCGGCGGCGACCGUCCGCGCCUCGAUCCGGCAGGCAGUGUCACGUGAGCGGCGCGUGGCGGCGUCCCUUAUCCGGCUCCACUUCCACGACUGCUUCGCUCAGGGCUGCGACGCCUCCAUCUUGCUCGACCAGACCGAUUCCAUUCAGACAGAGAAGACCGUUCUCCCUAACCGCUCCCUCCGACCGCAAGCCUUCGCCGCGGUCGACGCUGCCAAGGCCGCCGUCGAGCAAGCUUGCCCCGGAGUCGUUUCCUGCGCCGACAUUCUCACCCUCGCCGCCCGCGACGCCGCUGUCGCCGUCGGCGCGCCCACGUGGAACGUGAGGCUGGGGAGAAGGGACUCGACGGGAACUAAUCCUACCGAAGCAAAUGCAGAUAUUCCAUUAGGGAAUUCAAAUCUCGAUCGACUCAUUUCCUCCUUUGCCCGAAAGCAGCUCAGCGUUAGGGAUAUGGUUGCCUUAUCAGGUGCUCAUACGCUGGGACAAGCACAAUGCUUUACAUUUCGCAACAGGAUCUACAGCAACAGGACAGACAUCGAUGCAGGCUUCGCCGCCACGCGCCGCCGGCAAUGCCCUCAAAGCGGCGGCGAUUCGAACUUGGCGCCGCUCGACCUGGUUACUCCCAAUUCGUUCGACAACAACUAUUACAGGAACUUGGUGCAGAGGAGGGGGCUUCUCAAUUCGGACCAGGCCCUCUUCAAUGGAUCCUCCACGGACGCCAUUGUUACAGAGUACAGCAGAAACCCUCAAGCUUUUGCAUCGGACUUUGGCAACGCUAUGAUCAGAAUGAGUGAGAUUUCUCCUCUCGUUGGAAACGGGAAUGGGAUCAUAAGACGAGUUUGCACUGCCAUCAACUAGUUGAUGAUAAUUAAUAAUUACACUCAAGAUUUCUUUGAUUUGAUUAAUUUUCCACUGAAUAUGAUCAUCAAAAUGUGAUAAUAUUUAGGUUUUUAGUCCAAAGUGUGCUUAUAUUACAUCCUUUGAUAUUCAUUUUUAUCUUUUUCUUUUUAUAUGAUUUUUUAUGUACUACAAGAUUGUUGU